UCCUUUCAAGUCUUUGCACAUAGUUUAAUUAAUAUAACCGUGUUUUAAUCGAAAACAAAUGCGAUGUGUCUUCGAUUUCUGUGUGCUUGAUGUUCUGGAGAUAAAAUGUUUACUGUGUUACAUUUGGGGGUGGGGGGAUGCCGAGUAUACAUGGGGAUUUCCUGGGAAACUGGAAUGAACCUCGAGGGUACAAGUAAAAAAAAAUUCUCAGUAACCUGGCUUAAAACCUGGAAAAACCCACCAAAAAAACCAGCGAGAUCGCGAGGGUCAGUCCACAUCUGUUUACAUGCAGACAAUAAAAAAUGUUCAUCUAUUGCUCAUUCCAAAUGGUUUAUUAAAUAAUAUGGUUCUUCUGGUAAUCCCUGGUUUAAUUUGUGUUUAAAGGCUUUUCUCAAGAUCACCAAAUUAAAUAGGAUCAGAUCGUUUAAAGUGAUACAAAUAUACAAAUGUUGGCUUAUGCAUGUCCAUGUAGUUGCUUCUAUAUUAGGUAUAGCUCAGCACAUAAAAGCUACACAUGUGCGCUGAACGCCUGAGUAGGCUCGUGUACAUGUAUAUACAUGUAGGCCUACAUCAUUGUAUAGGCUGACAUGUACAGGUCUGGGUAUUUUUUUCACUACGUAUUUACUACACAACGACAAAAGAAUGUUUGGAAAGAUUCACUGGCGCUGGUUUUACACAUACAUGUUCAACGCCUUUGAAAGCUUUGUUUUUAAACAUUUUUAUAUGUUUUAAAUUGAAUAGUUAUAUAGUUGUUGAGAUAAUGUUAAACGACAAAGUUCAUUCGGUCGAGGGGAUUUUGAUCGACCCAUUUAGGACACAGGAUGUUUUGAAGUCAGAAGAUUCGUGGCUAGCAACUACGUGGAGUCACGUGACCUAACUUUAAAAUAGCACAGGGAAUCCCCUAUCGUAUAGUAGCAUCUCUCCGUGGACUGCCUCUGUUUUUCUGUGUUGCUCAAUUUCCUGGACAUACCUGCAAUCAACGUACUCAGUCCCAGCGACAUGAAUGGGAACUAGAGAAUAUUUAUAACUUACUGACGUCAACUUGAUAUCUGGGGGGAAUGUUCCAAUCCACAAACUUAUAAAUUGAAUCAGUUGCAAAAUACGCUCAAACUGUGACAAAUUGUUGGACUGAUAACACCGUUAACAAAUCUGCUCCGGACAGUGUUGAGAAAAUCUCCCGUGAAUCAGAAGGAUACUUUUACACAACUUAAUCUGGACCGAUCUCUGCCAUAUCUUGAAAUGGCUAUAAAACAAAACGAAGUGUUUGCAAAGCCUUCAGCCCCGAGUGAAAUUCAACCGAAAAUGAAUCACGUCAUCAUCAACGUGAACGGUCAACCCGUCCAGUGCCCGACACGGGUUUUGACUACCAUUUCUCUUCAUCUUGUAGAAGUGGUAAGGGUGGCUUCAAGUAAUGAGACGCAGGUAAACAUUGUGACAGAACCCGAAGUAAUGGACAUCUUUGUCAACUACCUACGGACCGGGCAUUGCAUCCUUAAGCAUGCAAAUUUGAAUCUCUUGACAUACGCAGCUUACAAAUACAAAAUGCCGUCUCUACUGGCACGUUGUGAGCGUAUGUAUCUAAGUCAGUUGAUCCCGAUGAACUGCUUAGAGAACUGGCUGUUCGCUGAAUCGCACGGAUGUGAUAAUCUUGCCCGGGAAGCCUUUCGCAUGGCCUUGGAACAUUUCCAAACGAUAUCCAAGACGCAACAAUUCUGCCAUAUUGGUAAAUCACAGCUGCUCAGACUUGUGCUGGACCAAGCGUUAGUCGUGGAUUCCCCGAACAACGUGUUCCGUGCCAUAGACCGCUGGAGCAAGUAUGAGGAAAAUGUGAGAACCACUGACAAAGAAGAGAUUUGUCGUCAAUACAGUGACUUGUUAUAUAACAGAGUGCCACAAAAUACCCCAAGAGGUGUUCCUCUCAGAGACAGCAACGUCUGUUUCGACACCCCUGCCCCCAAGCGAAGACGGAGCCUGUCUUACCAGAGUCAGAGGUCUGUGACAUCAGUCGUGUCGAAACAAAUCUCCUUGCAGGAGGAAAUAACUGCUCCAGACCCAACAGUCGUCUGUUUGGCUGCCGCGCAAGACGGGGUCGAGAUGAUCCAAGUGACGCUGUCAGAGAAAAGUCCCAAAAUGACCACAACAGCAGUGCCGAGCUCAACUGGUCUAAGCAAAGAUUCUGCCUUCUGUCACACAUUUGAUGGUAUCUACGGUUCUGGCGGUGACUUGAAACCGAAUGGGACAACCUACUAUGACCUUGAGGCGAAAGAAUGGCAGAAGCAGACGAAAAUGUUCUACAACGGUCGUCGGGACCACAUGUUGUGUUAUCUUAACGAGCGACUGUACGUAAUUGGGGGCAUCAACAACAACAGCGACAGGGUCUUUGAAUACAUCGAUAAAUUCAACGUGAAGACGAAGACGUGGAGCCACGCAGGCAAACUUCAAGAGCAAGUCAAAUCGGCUGCCUGUGUGGCUUUUGGUAGAGACAUCUAUGUUUUCGGAGGCAUUCGGCCAGAUGGAUUCGCAAGUAAGACAGUGCAGCGUUACAACCCUGCAUCAAAGAAAACAGAAGUCGUGAACCAAAUUCCAUGCGGUGGGCUAAUUUGUCACGCUCUCACCGACAGAAAUUUGAUCUACCUGAUGUCGUCUACAGGUAAAGUUCUUACCUUCAGUCCACACACCGGAGACAUCAGUAAUCUCGCGUCGUUCAGAAAACCGGUCACGCAUUUCGGUGCCGCUCAUCACAAUGGAUUUUUGUACAUAUUUGGCGGAAAACUCACCAAAGCAUCGAAUGGGACAACACUUUCUUCAGAAAUGUACAGGCUUGACUUGCGGAAGAAGGACUCUCCAUGGCAACUUGUAUCAUCUCUGCCUCACGGAUUUUUGGUGCUAAGUUGUAGCGAGGCCAUGAUGGGUGUAGGCUGACAAUCUACUCAGAACAUAACUCAUAAAUAAAAACGAAAUGACCCGUGUGUUAUUUUCACUGUAUUCGUCUUACUGACUCCAGUUGCGUAGGAUCCCCACUACAUGUACUGUACCCCGGGCUUCACAUUCACUGUGACCCAAGUGGUGAGCGCAUCGCUGGAUAUGGGUGCAUGAUUAUCAGACAAUUUGUAAAUGUGCUGUAUGUACAAGAUCUGGCAGAGUUAACUCUUCUCAGGUUAAAAUUUUGUGCAAUAGGCCAGAACACAUCUUGCGGUAUGAAUUCUUAUGCAUGAUCUCCCUGCACGGGUAAUCAUCAGAUUUGUAAAUGUCUCUGAUGGAAAUGUCCGCCACUUU